GAACUUCCGCAUUUUAGAAUAGGGUCAAUAGCGUCCUCUUUAUCUGUAGUCAUUUCUCGUUAUCCUCUAGGACUGGAGACUGGUGUGGUGCACAGGUGUCACCCAUUAACACUCACAGCACUGGACUAUAAAUGUGAACCAGUAAAGACGUUACACACUGUCGAUGAAGACGGUAUAACCAUGGGUUUUCUUACUGCUGUACUUUUCUUAGUGCUGAUGAACUGCAGCUUACUGAAAUCUAAGCCUGCAAUUGUAAACUACCGCACAGUGUUGAAGAAAUACAGCCAAAUGACAUGUGUGGAUUCGGACCUUCAUCUUCGUUGCGGUACCGGUGUGAUCUCUGUAAUAUCAGCAACAUUUGGUCGCCGAAGCACUGACACUUGUGGACCUGCGAGGCCACAAAACUUCAUGCUAACUACUCGGUGUUCAAAAGAUACUCCUCCUGUCGAUAAAUGGUGUAAUGGACUGUCAGACUGUGUAGUAAGCAAGGACAGACUUGCAAGUGAUCCGUGUAUUCAUGCCUUUAAGUACUACAUCACCACCUACACUUGCAUCCCAGCAGAGACUAGUGUGACUUGUGAAGGGGAACAAAGUAUAUUGAAGUGUGUGGGACAUGCCAAGAUUCAGAUAAUUGCUGCAAACUAUGGACGUACAGAUGGAACCACUUGCCCUACAAAACGUAGACGCCCAAACACUAAUUGCUCUUCACCCAACUCACUGGACAUAGUGUCAAACAGAUGUGAAGGGAGAAAACGGUGCACUAUAUCAGCCUCAAAUGACGUCUUCUCAGAUCCAUGUGUCAAUACCCGCAAGUACCUGUGGAUUGUCUACUACUGUGUGUAAAGUAUGUAGUGCAAUUUAAUUUAGUUUUGAUUUCACUAGUGUAUGGUCUAGAUUUAAUUUUUUUUUUCUUUUUUUUUUUUUUUUUUUCUCCCCAGCAUGAAUUGAUCUUGUGGACUUGGAAAAGCUGACAGAAAAUGAAAUGUCCAUGUCGGUAUUACCAAAAUUGAAACUUUCCCUUUAUGAAGAUUAAACCAUGUAUUUAUUACAAAUAAAACCCUUACAAAACCUG